AUGGACGAGGCGGCAGAGCUGGCAUUGCUGGACCAGCACUUACUGAAAACGAACAAUCUGAGUCAGCGCAUGACGACGAUCCUUUCGCAACUGGACACGCGAUUGUCAAGACUAGACAAGGCAAUUGCGCCGCUAGGUAUCCAGCCCUUGUCCAGGAAAGCGGCGAACAUUGAUGCAGCCCUUGGUAUCCUAUCUCCCCCCAAGCCUUCUCAGCCUCCUCUACCAUCCUCCUCGUCCGUAAGGUCCUUACCACAGGCAUCUAGCUCUCGAAGUAUCAAUGAGCAAUCGCGGGCGUCACCGGCUGUUCAAGGCUACACCCUCGAUGCUCCCUCAUCUUCACGAGCCGGACCAAGCUCGAUACGAAGUCCCACGCCGACUGCUGAUGAGUCGGCUAUCUUGACCCGCGGACCUGAUAUCAUGUCGCUUGGUGAAUACUUCUCUGCCCUCGCUAGUGUCAUCAGGGAUCUCGAAACAAUCUGGAAACAGGUUCAAGAGGGUCGUGGCGGUUCUCGUGAAGCCGGAAUCAAGGAUUUAUCGAGACUGGUUGAAGUCGGCUUUCAGGGACUAGUCCAGCUUUUCAUCAAACAAUCGAGAGAGGGUCAAGGGCGAAUGUUCGAACCCGACUCGAUUCUGCAAAAUGGUCCGCCAACUCCGCCCAAUUUCUUCUCAGCGCUCAGUACUGUCCUUCCUCUAUCUGCUAAGAUGAAUGAGCUGGUAUUUCCCUCUGAUCCGACGCCAAAGACCGAAUCGAUAAUCAUGCCCCUCUGGGAAGAAGCCAUUUCUGGGUUUGCAAAUCUCAGGGGCGACUGGAUAUGCCGCUCGUUUGGUGGCUCGCUCGCACAUGUGGACGAGAUUGACGAAGGUGGAAUCUGGGAAUCCUCAAGAGGUCAGGAGAAAGUGAAAGGCCUUGUGAAUCUCUGGCAGGUACUGACAUCGGUCAUGGAGGCCGAGACACUAUUGAUCACUACCUUAUUUCCGAGACAACCUCCACCCAACCUCCUGCCUCUGGCUCUCGCUCAUCCUCUGAACCUCGUCAACACUGCCAUGCAGCCGACAAUCAACACCAUCAAACGAUCAUUGUCCACCCAUACUUUCGUCGCUUUGGACUUGUAUCAAUCCUUGUUAUCGGUGCGCGAACAAUGGGACAAGGCUCUUCGGAAAUGCUUGUCUAUGACCGAUGCGGCUGGAUCCUCAAUCGAGGAGGUCUUGGACCUUCAAAAUGCUUUGGCAGGAGCGAUAUCGAAUCUCCGCUCCCUCGUCUCUCGGUCUUUCCCCGAGCUCCUCGUUGAUAUGAGAACGAACAGUUCUGGUGGCAACACUUCCGCCAUUAGUGAGACAACCUAUUCAAUCUUGUCAUAUUUGGAAGCGCUGCCGACGUACGAGAAGACAGUGGAAGGGAUUCUGAGUCGUAGUCAGAGUGAGAGGAGUUGGUUGAUGGGAGCAAAGGAUACCCCGAGUCCGGCGCGUUCAGCAGCGGAGGAGGGCGGCAUCGUGAAUCUCUACGUUGCGGACGUCAUUGGUACUCUCUUGAUCAACAUUGAGAGUCGGGCCAAAGUCAUGCGGAAGCCGAUAGGUUACAGCUUUUCGCUGAAUAAUUUGUCUCACAUUCGGAAUACUACUUCAUCUUUCAACUCGGACAUUAUUGGACCGAGUGCAGAGGACAUGUUGAACAAAUCGUUUCGCACUGCCAAGACACUGUAUCUUUCAGAGUGGCAGAACCUCGUAGCUCUGCUGAGCUCUUCUCACACGCCGCGAUUCGGUGCCAACCCCUUGGCAUCGUCAGAACGCACCCAUCUGAAAGAGGGGGCGACGGCAUUUUUUGACCGCCUUGCGGAGCUGGAGAGAUCUUGCACUGAGAAUCCGCUCAAUCGGCAAGAUCCCGAUAUGAGAGAUCGUCUGGGAAAGGAAGUGGAGGAGAUCGUACUCCAAGGUUACCGUCCGUACUGGACAAAAGCACAGGGCAAAGGUUUGGAAAAAUAUUUCAAGGGCACGCCGGAAGAGAUUGGUCGCAGAGUCAGACAGCUCUUCCGUUGA